UAUUGAUCUAAAGACUAAUGCAGGAACGCAUCAUUUAAACCAAUUUGUAAUUGAACAAAAAUCAUUUGCCACCAUAGUCCGUAAUAAGUCUAUUCAUAUUACAGUACUAUAUAUAAUAAUGGCUGACGACCAGUUUCCAGAUUAUCUGAAUGUUUAUUACAAAAAAUUAUUCCCAUAUUCUCAAUUCCACAAGUGGUUAUCAUAUGGAAAUGGUAAGUAGUAUUAUUUAUUUUUAGUUGAUAUGAGACUCGAGAAAACAUUUCUUAGAUAUUAAGUAUUCUUCUUAUGCAGUAUUCAAUCUAAUGAUUGGUUUGCAGCAACUUCCAUGUUUCUCUAUCACUAUCUUUCCUCUUUAACUCGUGAUGUGAAUUAUAUCCUUGAUCUUUUAUUAUCUGAUUUAUGUAUUUCAAUCUUGGUCUUCCUCUAUGAUUUUUUGAUUUUUCCAUUGAUUAUUCUUUCUUAGAUUAGUGGUAGCAACUUAUUGUGUUUUAAGAUAUGACCUAUUAAUUAAUUUCGUCUUUUCUAUUUACAUUUUCAUAUUGAUUUCCUCUCAGAUACCCUUUCCAAAACUUCUUCAUUAGUAAUUCUAUCAGUCCAACUUAUCUUUUUCAUCCUCCUGUAACACCACAUUUUGAAUUUUUCUAUUAUUCUCAUUUCUUCUCUUGAAAUAGUCCAUUUUUCGCAUUCAUGUAACAUAAUGCCCUAGAUGUACGUUUUUAGUAAAUUUUUUCUGAUGUUAAGGUCUAUGUUUUUUUAAGUAAAAAAUCUUCUUUUCUUAUUAAAUGCUACCUCAGCUUGGCAUAUUCGCCUUAUGAUUUCCUUUUUACAUUUUCAAUCUGAGCUUAUUAUAUUAUAGUGUUACCCAAAUAUUUGAAAUAUUCUACUUAUUCUAUAAUUUAAUCAUCCUAUAAUUUUAUUCUUAUUCUUGUGUUAUUGUCUCUACUACAUACUUUUGUCUUCUUUGCGUUCAUUUUCAUAUGUAAAUCUUUUUCCAUCACCGUCACCAUCAGUUACAUUGUUCCUAAAAACUUUUUUAGAUAUUUUUCAUUCUCCGCUAUUACUAUAAUGUUGUCUGCAAAUCUCAACAUAUUUCUUCUUUAUUAAUUUACCUUUAUGCCUAGCUGUGUCCUAUCUCUUAUAGUAUUUAUAGUCUCUUGAAUGUAAGUAUUAAAGAAUAUUAUAGGUGAUAAUGUACAUCCCUAUCUAAAACAUCUUUCUUUAUUUUGGACUCUUUGAAUAUCUCCCAUUUUUAUGAUUGCUAUUUCAUUUUUAUACAAUUGAUAAAGCAGCUUUUUUUCCGUGGUUGCAACUCCAACUCUUCAGUAUUUUGAACAUUAUUUCCCAGUUAACAUUAUCGAAUGCCUUUUAAAUUUCAACAAAAGCAAUUUAUCUUUCCGUAUUCUUUUUUCUAUUAUUAAUCAUAAACCUAAAAUCGCUUUCCUCGUACCCAUAUUUUUUCUAAAUCUGAAUGACCCUAAUAAUAUGUCUCCUAUCUUCUUUUUCAUUCUCUUAAACAUAAUUUUAGUUAAAAGCUGAAUGGGACUCCCCGGAUGGUGGCCAAACCAUAGGCAAAUGGCGGGACGUAUUGAGGAAUGAAGGCAUCAUGUUUUAGUGUAUAGAAUGCACCUUGGACACCUCCCUGAUUUCCUGUCCAGUUCUUGAAUAGCAUUCAGUGCUAAUAUAAUGUCCAGUAGCAGUAAUUUAAAAUCAAGGGUUCCACUGUAUUGUAACAAUGUAAUGUGUUUUAGGAACUCAAAUGUUUAAGUAUUUUUCUAAAAAUGUGUUAUUUGGAUAAAUGCAUAACUUAAAUAAUUUUUUUCAUGAUAAAUGUUAGUUUCUCAAAUAUUCAUUAUUAUUUAUCAAAAAUAUUUAUUACAAUUUUCACAUUUAAUUUUACUCAAAUUAUAUAAGUAGUAGAGUAAAGUAAUAUAAGUAAAGUACAUAGAUAACUAUAUUUAUAAUUAUUUAUUUUCAGUUAAACCAGAAAAUUUUAUUAAUAGAGAAUUUUCAUUCACUUUACAUGAAGAUAUUUACUUAAGAUUUCAAUCAUUCAACACAUUACAAGAAUUUGAGACAGAAAUUAAAAAUAAAUGUCCUUUUAAAAUUGAUAUUGGUGCAGUUUUUAACAUGAGGUUUGUGCAAUUUAAUUAUUAGAUUACAAAAAAUCGUUUUUCUUUAGUUUUAUGUGUUAUUUUACAGCCCUAAAGUCUGUCGAAAUUAUCCUCAAUUUCAUGCUAUGGAAAAAGAAUUAGUAAUUGAUAUUGAUAUGACAGACUAUGAUCAAAUUCGUACUUGCUGUUCUGGUGCUGAAGUUUGUCAGAAAUGUUGGAGGUAUGUUUAACAAUAAAGUUAAUAUUUAAUGAAAACAUAAUAUUAUGGUUACAUUAUAGAUUUAUGGUUAUCGCUGUAAAAAUUUUGGAAAGAGCACUCCGUGACGAUUUUGGAUGGAAACAUUUGCUUUGGGUAUUUUCAGGUCGACGAGGUAUUCAUUGCUGGGUAUGUGAUGAAUCUGCACGAAAGCUUUCGCCUUCUGAACGUGCAGCAGUAAUUGAUUAUUUAGUUCUAUUAUCUGCUGGUGAUUCAAAAAGGUGUAAUGUGAAUCAUCCAUUUGUGAAGUCAGUUGUAAUAGAUACAGUUACAAAAUAUUUUGAAAAUUUAUUUUAAUAUUUAUACCUUAGGCACUCUAUUUCUAUCAUAAAAGAAGAGUUCAAUUCACUUCUUUCUGAACAAAAUUUCUUGGAAACAACAGCGCAGUGCAAUAAAAUUUUAUCAUUUAUAGCUGAUGAAAAACUAAAAGAACAGAUAGAUUUACAAUUUUCAACAUAUCAAAAUAGCACUCAAAGAUGGAAAGCAUUAACUCUUGUUGUUGAAAACAAUUUAAAAAAAGUAAAAAUAUUGAAUAUUAUUAAAUGUAUAUUUAAUCAUUUAAAUGUAUUAUUUGAAUAGGGAUUACUAAAUUUUAAAACUAAAAAUUGCCUGCAAGAUAUUUUAUUAUACUUAGCUUAUCCAAGACUUGAUGUGAAUGUAACAAAAGGAUUAAAUCACUUGUUGAAAGCCCCAUUCUGUGUGCAUCCAAAGACUGGAAAAGUCUGUGUGCCAAUUAAUCCAAAAAUUAUUGAUAAAUUUAAUCCUAACACUGUACCAACCAUCAAGUAAAUUAUUUUUUAUUAUUAUUAUUAUAUUUUUUUUAUAUAAUUAUAUUUAAUAAUUUAUUUUUUCACAGUAUUUUAAUUGAAGAAAUUAAUGAAUAUGAAAAAAAGCAAAAAGAAAUUAUUAAUGACGCUAACACAAGUAAUAAUCGUUUAAAGGACUAUAAAAAAACUUCAUUAUUAAAGAGUGUGAAUAUUUUUGAAGAAUUUUUAAGAAAUUUAGAAGGUUCUUGGAAAGGAAGUAGAAUAAAAAGUAGUGGUAAGUUAUGAAAAAAUAUAUGUAUGUAUUUUCAAACUUAAAUAAUGUGAAACAUUCUAUUCAUUUUGCUAUCAAUGUUGCAUAUAGUCUACAAUUUAAGCACACAUCAUAUUUGACUGAUUUUAUAAUCAAAUAAAUCUGUUCUUCAAUAAAAAAUAAACUUGUCGUGGGGUAUGUAUAGGUUUAGAAUAUUUGAGUUACCAAGUUCAUUAUUCAAUGUUUAUAAACUACUGUAGUUACUAGUUGUAGUGGCAUAUUAGAUGUAAUGAAUAGAUUUAUGGUUCUGGAAAAACUUUUAUAUUGUAUGUACUACUAAUUUGCAGUGCGAGUUGUAAUGUAACAAAAGUGUAACAUGUUUCUGUAAGAGUGUUACUUUAUUCACAACGUGUUAUGUAAUUUUGUUACUUACGAUUGAUUUCAAAUAACAAAAAUGUAAUGAAUAUUACUUUUGAUAAGUAAUACCUAUAAUAUAAUGUGUUAGGUUUUUUUUUUUAAGUUACAAAUUAUUAUUAUUUAAAAAAAAAAGUAUAUAUAUUUAAUCAUAGUGGUGUAUUGAAGAGUAUAACCAAUACGAGAUAAUGCUAGUUUGUAAAUGUUUAUGGCUGUUUUAUUUUUGGCGUUCAAAAUGGCAACGUUACUUGUAUAGUACUUACUAAUCAUUGAUAAAUCACAAUGAUUAAAUUUUUGCAUAUAUGAUUAAACUAUUAUAAACUUAUAGCCAUUUACAAGAAAUAGUUUUUUUUUUAAUAAUUAUUUAUACAAUAAAUACAUGACCAUGAUGUUAUUUAAAAAUUAUAAACUAUUAUCUAUAUGACAUAUGUUAAUAUAAGUAAUAGCACAAUUGAAAGCUGUUAUUCCGUAUUCAGUAGACAAUAUUUCAGUGUUGUGUCAGAUUAUUAUAUUGUUAUGUAUUAACUAUUCAAAUUGGUUUUUUUUUCUGAACAAGAACUAACGUAAUUAGUUCUAGUUACUUUUCUAUUUUAAAAGUAAAGUAAUUUUAUUGCAUUUAUCUCUAAAUAACGACUAAGUAACUUAAUCACUUUUUAAAAGUAAUUUACCCUACAGUGCUAAUUUGUAUUGAAUAUUGAUUAUUGCUAUGUCUGUAUAAUGACUAUACGGAUGUUAAAACGGUUAUUUUUUAUUAAAUUGAAAAAAUCUGUUAUUGAAGUCAAGAUUGAGUGAUAUAAAUAUGACACAUUGAUUGAAAUACAAUAUUGUGUUUAAAUAUAUAUGUACAUAAUCAAGUUUUUAAAUUUAAAUUUUUCAUUUUGUUUUUUAUGACUAAUUUUAACUAGUCCCUUGAAUGCCAUUAAAAAUGGUUUCUACUAUAUGUAGAACUACAUAUAGAAUAUAUAAAUUCUACUUUAGAAGUAAUUUUAGUAUAAUGUUUUUUGUUUGAUUUCAGAUAUUAAAAUGGAAUUUUAAAAUUAGUUUGUAUUUAUUAUCUUUAAAAGAAAAAUGAAAAAAAUCACCAAAUCAACAUAUUAUUUAUAUACAAUAUUAUUAUUAUUCUUAUUAUUUUAAAACAUUAAAACCUUUUAUAAAUUAUAAUUAUUAUAUUAUUAGUAAAC